UUCCAUCAGUCGUGUAUUUGAAUUAAUCAGAGUGCUGAGGACAAACGAUACAGAACAAACGAUAAGUUUCCUUUCUCUGCAAAUUCGAAUCGAACGGGCGGUUGGCGAUGAAGGAAAUAUACGUAAUCGCCAUCGCCUUUUUGGCGUUUUUGGACAUAAGCGCUGCAGACAUUUUUGUUCCUCCAAAAAAAGUAUGCCCAAUUAGAGAAUACAAUAAAACAACAAAUGUAGCUCAUGAAUCGAAUUGUACCGAAUUCUACACAUGCCUUAAAGGCAGUAGAAUCCCUAAAGACUGUCCUUAUCUAGACAAGGCUAAGACUCAGAGACUGCACUUUAAUAUAUUUGAACAAGUCUGCGAUUGGCCAUGGCGAGCCGGUUGCUCAUCUUGUCCUGAUGACAAAGAAAUUGGCAAGAAAUUAGGUAAAUCGAAGAUACCUGAAGUACCCGGCAAAAGUUGUAAUAAAAGAUACUACGAGUGCAAGGCAGGAAAGAGAUCCAAAAAACCAAUAUCAUGUCCUAAAGGUACAUGUUUCAGUCGCACAUGCCAGAAGUGCCUUAAAAAGGGUAGUGAUCUUUCAGAUUGUAGAAAAAAAACGUGUGAGGCUUCUGAAUCUGAUGAAUGUUCUGAUGAAUCUGACAAUGAUUCCGACGACAGUGAUGAUUCCGACGACAGUGAUGAUUCCGACGACAGUGAUGAUUCCGACGACAGUGAUGAUUCCGACGACAGUGAUGAUUCUGACGACAGUGAUGAUUCUGACGACAGUGAUGAUUCCGACGACAGUGAUGAUUCUGACGACAGUAAUGAUUCUUCUGAAUGCCAAGAAGGAGAGCGAGUGCCUCACGACUGUAAUUGCGGUAAAUACUAUGAAUGUAAUGACGACGGUGAAUGGGUUGAGGAAGAAUGCAAAGCUGGCUAUCACUUUAGAAAAUCGAGUCAAAAAUGCACAAGACCUGAUAAGGCUAAGUGCAAGUCAAAGAAAGAUAAGAAACUCGAUGAAAAAUCUGAGAACUUCCCUGCGAUACUAGCUUUGUUGAAAAAAAAUUAAAUCUGAACUAAUCGCAUCCUCAUCACGAUCCGUGUACUUAUCACAAAUUAUUCUGCACAAAAGUGUGACGUACGAAUUUUGAGUAGUUUUGAAAAUCUUGAUUGUAAAAAAGUAAUGAUAUAAUAAUUAAAAUAGAUAAAUGAUGAAGUUGAAAAAGCUAGAGAUAAACUCAUGCCAGAUUAUUGAAGAUAGUCCUAUUUGAAUGAGAAAAAUAAAUUUGAAAGAUAGAAAUAACGUAGUAGAACAUUGUAUCUUAUUUGUUCUUUAGAAACACAAUAGAAUAUUAUAAUAUAUUAAUGAUGUUACAUGUAUGAAAAAAUAAUACAUAAAAAUUAUAAAUAUAUAGUAUAGUGUUCACAGAAACAAGCAAUAAAAUAUGAAUAAUCCCAUUUCCUUUAAUCCUACCUAUGAGAUAGGCAAUAAGUAAAGAUAUAUAAGUAGAGAUACUCA